ACGUGUCUCGAAGCAGUGCAAUUUUAAGAAAAGUGGCAAAGCUGGUACUUGGUUCGGAAAAAGUCAUCUUGACGUGGCAACAAUAUGUAAAAUUGUUGCCUGCUUUCUAAUGAUAAAACACCCACGUCAAGAUGACACGCAAGAUGAAACUGGCGUUUCGUCGGCCACGAUUGUUGACUGGUUCAAUUUUUGCCGAGAGGUCUGUGUGUUCUGGGCUGAAAAACAUAGUGAGAAACUUGGUGGCCCAGGAUGCAUAGUAGAAAUCGAUGAAACAAAAAUUGGAAAAAGAAAAUACAAUCGUGGUCGGCUCGUAAAAGGUCAAUGGAUUUUUGGAGGAUAUGAGCGAGGCACAAAGAAGAUUUUUAUCGUGCCAGUACAGGAUCGAACUGAAGAGACACUUCUGGCAUUGUUGGAAGUCCUAUAA